CAGUCGACUGUGGUAUUUUGGACACAGUGAUUGCAGAAUAUCUACACAGCAAAAUUACUGCAGUAAAAAUUGGGUUUUAUUUUGGACCUAGUAUUUGCAGCAUACUACACUCUAACUGCAGUCUGACUCCAAUCUUUUUUUGUAAGGAAGAUUGUGCACGUCAUUCACAAUUUCCCUCAUCCGUAUGUGGAACCCUUGUCUUCUACUCGGAAAACUGAUGACAGCGGUAUCUGAAUUAAGGACAUGCAGUGGUUAGAUUACUUACUGUUUUAUUUUUCCCUAAAAUUCGCCCUCUCUCUCUCGCGCACACCCUCUCUCCUAUAGAUGGGACAUAUAUAAAGGUAAGGGGACAAGAUGUGACGUAGUUGGGGACAUGUAGGCUACAAUUUUGUGUACUGGGAUGUCAGGGUAUCGAAAAAUUGAGGACAGGGAGGUGAUUUAUAAUACUAACACUAUCAAGUGGAUUAGCCUUCUUUGUACUUCUUGGCACAUUCGCCACCACGUUGUUCUGCCACCCUAUUUCACAACAUUGAUGUAAAAAGUGUAAUCCCGCUUGCAAUCCUGAGGCUUUGAAAGUAUAUUACAACUGUUAACUGUUUUCACUUGUGUGAAGGAAAUUCCAUUGAUUUAAAAUAAAAUAAAAGUGUCUGUUUUUAUGAUACCCCAGGCUGUAGAACAGCGACAUUAUUCAUGCAUCGCUUUGAAGCACAUUUUAAGCCAUGUGAUGACUUGAGUCAGUGCUGCUCUGUUGUCUGCAAUGAUGGAGGAGUGGUGUGAGUUCGUGACCUAUUUCGGUACAUAGAUAUUCCGCACUCUUUGGCAAUCUCAGCAGUUUGGCACUUGAUAUGUGUGCUAGAACACCUCACCCUAAAGAUGUGUUCAAGUUGGAUGCAGGUGACAUUUCUCCUUGCACACUUGAUUGUUGCAGGAGCAGUGGUAUACCAGUACCCAGGGUCACUAACAGUGGCAGAGGGUACCAAUGUGACGUUUCACUGUGACAUCAGUGAAAUGGGAGGGGAAUGCUCUUAUAUCGUAUGGGUGCAAGUGGGACCUAUGAGAAAGCUCACACUCUGGCCUCAAAAAACCUACAGUGUCCACACCAACACGGCCUGCCUCCUGAACAUCAUCAAUGCCAACAGGACAAGUGUGGGCAUCUUCUACUGUGCCCUGCUUAAUGGUGCCAUGCUGAACAUGGGCAAUGGGAGUGUGCUGGAAGUCUCUGACCCUAUCACCUCUGAAGCUACUCUGGAGGUCCUGGUGCCUGUGGACUGGCAGGAGGCCCCCUCAUCCCCAGUCCCACUCCUGUGCCUGGUGUCUGGACUAGAUCCCAGUCAGGCCAGGGUGUACUGGGAGGUGGAGGGGAAGGUUCAGUCCUCAGAGCGUUUACCUGAGGUUCAGUCAGAGAAGCCAGCCACUGUCAGAGUCCAGCUCUCUGUACCUGGCCAUACCUGGGCUGAAGGUGAAGAGAUCACCUGUGUUAUGGAGAGCACCAGUGGGGUGAAGAUGAACAAGACAGUCAGCAGGAUGGGAAUGGAGAGGUCCAGACAGGGAAUGUUUCUGGCCAUCUCUUUGGGCGGCAUGUGUAUCCUUCUUUCUAUUGUGGUGAUUGUCAUCACCUUGUAUGUCUGCAGACUGAAACACGACCCUCGAAAGAAAAGAUUUCAAGCCUAUGAGCACAACCAGGACGGAGCACAGGGUCUGACUGAAGUGCAAUAUGCCAGUUUAAAGUUUGGAGCUGGUCGUGGGAGACCCUUACCUACAGCCGCAGCUAAAAACAGACAAUAUAAGUAGGCUAAAGCUGCCCUAGUAAGACCUUACAUGUGAAUUAAAUGUUCUACAAAAACAUAAAAUAAGUGCUUUUUCAUUCAGGGUCAUCGGUUUGUCAAAAUGCUCCUGUGCUUUCUUGCUUAUGUUUUCUGACCUACUUAUUUGAGUCAAUGAUGUAAGGAUUUUUGCCUUUAGAAUUAGGAACUUAUUUAGUCAGAUUGUGUUGUCAUUUUACAAGCUUUUGUGAUUAAAAAUCAUUUGUCUUGUUGAAAUAAUAGCCAAAUGUAAAUUACAUUUAAGACAAGUUUAAUUUAUGGAGUGAACUAAUUUCUCUAGUUAUAUGCUGAUGAGAUUUUUGUGAUAAUAGUCAGCAAUAAAAAUGAGUCACAGAUGGAAUCUUUUUCAUCUCCAACAUAAA